AUGAGUGCAAUCACCAAGAUUCUCGGCCUAUCGGCCUACACGGCUCUCGUAGCAAUCUCCCUCCCGUACAUCCAACAACACAAUAUCCCCUCCCGUCUCCAAACAUCACUGAACAGGAUCCUCUCCCCACCGACAGAUGAUGCCUUUUCUGAACCCGAGGUCUUGACAUCAGAGACCUACGCCUGCCAAUCCCAAAACUACACCACGCAAAUCGUCUCCCUCGAUCCCUUGGUAAUCUACAUCCACAACUUCCUCUCCGAAGCAGACAUCGCAUCCCUCCUGGAAGCAGGCGAACCGGCCUUCAAACCCUCCUACGUCGUCAAGAAUGGCAGAACGCAAGGAACGCCAGAUAGAACCUCCUGGUCUGCUGGUCUCCCUGCCGACGAUGUCGCCGUGCAAUGCGUGCUCGCUAGGGCGGAAGGGUUCCUGGGCACGAUGAUGGCGCCCGGGCGGGACGAGAUUGGACCGCCCCAGUUGGUGCGGUAUACAAAGGGCCAGAGAUUCAACGUCCACCACGACUGGUACGAUGAUUUCCAACCUGAUGUUAGGACAGGACGGAGAAGGAAGUGGAACCGGGUGGCGAGCUUCUUCGCGAUCUUGGAGGACGAGUGUACGGGUGGCGAGACGUGGUUUCCCAAGAUUGAGACUGUUACGCCGCAGCAUCGGAGGGUGGAUGAUGAAGGGACUAUGUGGAGGAAGCACAAUGAUGGUGGCAUCGCGUUCAAACCUGUGAGGGGGAAUGCAGUAUUUUGGGUGAAUUUGCAUGAGAAUGGGACGGGGGAUGGGAGGGUCGUGCAUGCUGGGUUGCCUGUUGGGGAUGGGCUGAAGACUGCGAUGAAUAUUUGGCCGAGGACGUAUCUUGGGCCUGAAGCUUGGCGGGAGGGAGAGGGGCCGAAGCAUGAAGGUGAGAGUGUGCUGGGGGCUGAGACGGUGAAGGUCGAAGAGAAGGAGGAGGAGCUUAUUGUUGAUGAUGCUGAAGCUGAUCCCAUCUGA